UACUCGAAUGCUUGUCGUCUUGAACAGAGAGCGGCAGAAUCGCCAUAUGCAAUAAUUAAAUAGACUUAAAGUUAUGGACCGUACAAUAAUAGCGCCUUGGAAAGCUGAAGAAAAAGAGCAGAGUGAGAAACUGUAUAAGAAACUGCAAGGCCUAUCUCUGUUGUAUCCCAUGAACGAUGAAAUGGUCAAGCUGCUCUCGUGGGACAUGUUUCUCAAGCCCAAUCAGCCAGCAUUUUUUCAAAUGAUGCACUAUCUCUUUCGAAUAGUGGAUCCCGUUGAGUUCAAACGCCGCUUCUUCUGGCCCAUUACGGACAAGAAAUCGGAGGCGAAUUUUCGAUCCAGCACUAUUGACUACUUGAAGCAUUUGAACGAAAAACAUAAUCUGCAUUGGACGAACAUCAAAUCGUAUCUGGUUGUCAUGCCGGGUGGUAUGAAAUUCAUCAAGUUCCUUUUGGACCUUGUCGGCUUCGUUGUCCAGGAGCUGAUCAAGCAACGCGAACACGUCUUGACAGCAGAUACGGAUCCUACUAACAUUCGGAAUUGUAGUGCGCAAUGGAUGUUGGAGCAUUGUGCCUUCAUGAAGGAAUAUGCCUCAGCAUAUAUUGAGGAGGCCGAGGAAAUUGCGUCUGAACUACGCGAUUGUGCCCAGAAGAUCAGGCAUAAGUUUACAGAGUUGACUGCACUAACAGGUGUAAGCGAGUCGCUCCUCCAGGACAACUCAUUUCUGCUGGAAUUCGAUGCACAUAACCGCAACAGUUGCGAACAGAAAAUAACACUGCCCAUCGCGAGGAUUGCGAAGCUAGAGGCACCACUCUGUGCCCAGAAGGAGGCCAUGGAUCAGUUUCAAACUAAGCGCGCCGAGCACAAGCAAAACAAUGAGGCGGCCGACGAAGCAAUCGCUUACAUUCAAAAAUUUUUUGGCAACGAAGCAUGCAAUUUAACAGCAGGGAACGCCGGUAGAAUGAACGCGCUGCUUUCCGGUUUCAAUAGCAUUAGUAAGACAAUUGCCGAGCAGUUGGAUGCCAACAAUCACUACAGUGAGUGCAAUGAGUUCGUCACCGCCGAUCUGAAGACAUUGCGUGGCGAGCUGGAGCAGAUCCACCAGCAAUUGAGCGAGGUGCAAAAGAAUUUAAACGUACGUGCCAAGAGGAACACAAGCGGCAAUAGUAUCGGUGGGAAUGUGUCACAGACGCAGCACAGUUCGCAAUUGGUGGUGCCAAGCACGCCUCUUCGCACCCUGGACACAUUGCCGCGAGGAACAACAACUGGUGCCGUUGACCAUCCCCUGUUCAUGAAGUUUGUUUCGACGCCGCCCAUUCGUCCGGAAAUGGCCAGCGGCGUACGCAAUGUGCAUGUACGUCUACCUCUCCAGGAUGACUUCAAUGCCAAACAAUUUGAGAAUAGUUUGCUAGCACCUCGACCCGCACUCGCUCCACCACGUUCUGUGCGCAAGAUAAACACCACCAUGAAUCGGUCUAAAAUUGUUGAUCCCAUGCAAUUGCUGCGCACCAUUGCGAAAAGCUCGAAUACGACGACCAAUACGCAACUAAAUAUCUCUGCCAUGGGUAGUAAAUGGAAGCACAUGCAAUCCUCGUUUAGCCUUGAUGAAGUGACAGUCGGGCUGGUCAGCUCGCCCAAGUCCAACACUGCUAGCACGUACUCUCCGUUCACUCCGCUUACCAGUAACGAUCGCACACGCAUCGAGCGACUGCCUCCGGCCGAUGAUUCAACAAACAGUUCGCUUUAUGCCAAGAAGAGCGCUGCCAUGAUGAAAGUGCUGGAUUCUUCGCUUAACGUACAGAAUCUCAGCACAUCACCGUCGGGACGGCUGGAUGCACUGGUGGCCGGUCCCUUGCCCGAGCAGAUAAUUUUACCCCGCAUACAGCUCAACGAUCAAACACUAAAUGAUUCAAAGCAGCUGCUGUGCAGCAGCAAGGAGAGUGAUGUGAAUCCAUUGAAUGCACUUCCACCCAAGUUUUGUCUCGAUUUAAGCGAUUGUGCAGACAUUGAUGACUUGCAAAACAUAAGCGACACUGUGCUCAAGGAUAUUUCCAUUUAGUUUCCAUUAAUUUAAUGUUGAUUUUAGUAUUUGAUAAUCGUAAAACUUACAUAGCUGCUCAACUAUUUGUAUUAGGGGUUUUGUUUUUGAGCUGUUAUUCAAAUGUCAUGAUAAUGUUAAAAUUCACACAAGUUGAGGAUGGAUGUAAUUCAUGCUGAAUUCAAUUUUAUUAAAUUCCAAAUAUAUGUUUACAAACAAAAUCAAAAUAUAAUCAAUUACAAAUGUGCAUUCAUAGAAGAAAAAGAACACAAAAAUAAAUACCUUAUUGUUAGUUUUCUCAAUUUAAUCAUUCCUAAAUUAAAGUUUACUUCAAAGUCGUUGAGAAAACAUUUA